GGGAUACUUGUGCCACUCAGCCUCGUAAGGGACGUCGUCAAAUAUAUCAGGAGUCAAGCCACAUGUCCUUCGUCCCCAGGUUUACUCAUCUGGGGCCUUCCUAGAAUUCUAGAGCAUCGACAUCAGCUUGAGCACCCUGCAACAAGUCUCAUCUCAGUCGCUCGCAUUUACAGUGGCCCUCAUUUCUUGUCCCACUCAACUUGACUCCUUCCUGUUUCUCUAUCAAGCCUUGAACCCCCAAGUGGAGAAACACAUAGAUCAAGGGACACUUCAGCCGUGGACCAGGUUGUAGAAGAAGCAAUUCCAUCGACCGGAGAGGAGGCACAGCAGAGUCAUUGGGAAGGGGCCAUCCGUAAUUCAGGUUGCUGUUAGCCAUGGAGGCAGGAGAGGGGGCGAAUGGCACAACCACGGAAAUCACCGCCAACAGGUCCCUGCUUGUCCUGUAUGGCACAGAAACCGGAAAGAGUCAGGAGAUCGCCCACGAGAUAGGUAGAGCAGCAGAGGGGCUGCGCUUUCAGACUCAGGUGGAGGAGAUGAAUGAUGUGCCGUUGAAAGAACUAGCCCAGUAUCCCCUUGCCAUUUUUGUCACCUCGACAACUGGACAGGGUGACACACCGGCCAACGCCUCUACGUUUUGGAAGAGCAUUUUGCGCAAGAAGCUACCACCGGACUGUCUAAGCCACGUCAGGUUUACCAGUUUUGGCCUUGGUGACAGUUCCUAUCAAAAGUUCAACUGGGCUGCGAGGAAGCUGCACAAACGGCUCCUGCAACUAGGCGCUGUUGAGUUUUGCACCCCUGGAGAAGGAGACGAAAGGCACGACAACGGGAUCGACAGCAUUUACUUGCCAUGGUUUGAUAACCUAAAGGCUCGCUUUGCCGCUGAAUUCCCACUCCCCCCGGGCAUCAACCCAAUCCCAGACGACGUACUUCUUCCACCAAAGUUCCCCAUCGAACUGGCCGAGAUGGAUUCCUUGUCGGACCAAGAACGCUGGGACGCGAAUCGUGAAAAUCAUGCCGCCCUCAGCCAUGUCGACAAACCCAAGAGCCAGAGGGAGGAACGUGAUGACGAGGCUAUUCGCCGAUCCGAUACUUCUGGAGAAGCUUUCCGUAGCGAACUGCUCUGGAACAAGUCCAACACCGACAACGGGCGUUGGAAUCCGGACAAAGACAACAUCCUAAAAGACUACCCAAGGAAGUAUGGUCUUGAGAUGACCGGGAACGAAGAGAAGCUGUGUCGCGCCGAGGACUUGCCCCCGCAAAAGAUGGUCGCCUUCCCCCAGUCUUACCAAGCCGAGCUGCGGUACAACAACCGUGUGACACCUGGAAGCCACUGGCAGGACGUACGGGCGCUCGAGAUUCGCGUCAAUAGAACGGCUUGGAGUGAUGGUUCACUUCCAGCUCUCAUGCCUGGCGACACGCUUAUCAUCUAUCCCAAAAACUUCCCUGCUGACGUGGAAGAGUUGAUCGAUUUGAUGGGGUGGAAGAUCAAUGCAGACCAGCGUAUAAUCUGGCAGUACAGCGCAAUUGCGAUCGACAGGAACUUGAAGCACAGGCCGCAAGGGUUGCGCUGCCCGCGGAACCUUUAUCCACCGAAGAACGCCACAUUGCGCGAUCUGCUCGUUCACAAUAUCGAUUUCAAUGCAAUUCCUAACCGUACCUUCCUCAAAGAUCUGCGGCGCCACACCACAGAUGAGCGCGAGAAGGAGCGCUUGCUGGAGCUCACAUCCGAGGCGAACAGCCAGGAAUUCUACGACUACACGUCUCGCCCUCGUCGCACAAUCCUAGAGGUGCUCCGGGACUUUCCGGGCGUCAAGAUACCAAUCAAUUAUGCCCUGGAGACAUUUCCUCUGAUACGUGGGAGGGCUUUCAGCAUCGCAAAUCAUCCAAGUUCCCACGAAUCUCUGGAGGCCAAAUUCCAUGACGUUGAAAUCCUCGCCGCGAUGGUUGAGUACAAGACGAUCAUACGCAAGCCUAGACAGGGCCUUUGUUCCAGGUACCUGAAGUCUUUGAAGCCGGGAACUCAACUCUCUGUGGGGUUGACCAAAAACCCACACCCUCCACCACACGGGAAGCGUCACAUUGAGCGACCGCUCAUAGCCAUUGGCACCGGAACUGGCAUUGCCCCGAUCCGUAGUCUCAUCCAUGAGCGUCAGCUUCACGAGAAAGCAGGGCAAACGCUGCUGUUCUUCGGCGCGCGGAACAGAGAAGUCGACUACUACUACGGCAGGCAAUGGGAAACACUCAGCAACCUGCGUGUUUUUACGGCAUUUUCGCGCGACCCUGUUGCCGAAACCGACAGGGCCUUCCUCGACCCUUAUUCCCAGACAGAGCGGAGUGCAAUCAAGCCCGAGUCCGACAGUUUGUCCGCUGCGGAGCCCAUGACUGCUGAGAAUACACCGUGGGUCCAGAGCGUCGACUACGACCGUGGAAAGAUGUAUAUUCAGCACCAGAUCCGGCGAUAUGCGGAAGAGAUAUGUGCCAUGCUCGACCAGUCCGGUGUGUCACCAAUCAUCGUGGUUUGUGGAAAUUCAGGUAGGAUGCCGAUUUCUGUGCGCCGCGCGCUGGAGGAUGCUCUGGUCAUUGGAGGCAAGGUGAAGAACAACGAGGAGGCGAAGAAAUUUCUUUAUUCCGUCGGAAUAUGGAUGGAGACCUGGUAGAGUGGGCAGUGGGCAUUGUUUGGUAUCAUGCCUGCAGACCUCGCUUUAGAACAUUGACGUUGAAGUGUGCCAAUGGCAGUGGAAAGGCCGGCCGGCAGUUGAGACUGGUGAGAUGCCGCGUCUCUUGGGUUGACAAAGAGCCAUGUCGUUGCAAGAUGUCGGCAAGUUCCGUAACUGUCCUCACCAGCGCUGGUGCUGGAAUGUAUUGGAGUGAUGUCCGAUAGGGCUUAAUAAGUCGUUCGAGGCAGCUUCUUUCGAUGCGAAUAUCAUUGACUGGGCUCUGAUGGCUACCUCUACAAUGACGUUGUCCAAUGGCUCCUCCUCCGUUUCCCUUCAUCCUCGUUCAUGCCCCGUGCAUUAUUGGGCGAGACGAUCUGCAAGUCUUUCGCAGUAGUGGGGCCGGUCUGUCUCCUGAGAACCAACAGCACUGCAUGGUCACCGUUCGUGCCACCCACAAGACCAAAGCCAAUCUCCGUAACCAUAACGCCUCGCGAAGCCUUUUCCUGCCUUAUAACCGUACAUGAUGUCCUUCGUUGUCCUGUUCUGCCCCCGGGAGACCCAAGGAGUCCCCCACUUCUCAAAAUCCCGAACUCCAACGCGUUAAUAUGGUUAUCAAAAAACAGGUUCCCACCAGCCAGGGGUAGUAGUAGGUAUAAUGGCCGAGAGAUAUUGAUACAUAUAGUUGACAUAAAGAAAUUAGUUGAAGUUGACAGGCCUAGAAAAGGACCGGGAUUAUAACGUCGUAUGGGUGUGUUGAUAUAAUAGAAAGAAGCUGGUUAUCGGGCCGAGAAUACCGGCCGUGCCCGAACUUGGGGCAAGGAAGUUGCUUCACUGGCGCUUGGUGAGGCCGAGAAUCACACAUCUUCCCAGCUGUACCUCCUGGGCGAGGGCUGAGGGACGUGCACAAUGUCGCCCUCCCCACCCACCCGCUCCUGGCCGAGCAUGGACAGGUUCUUGACGAUCUGGGCCUGGAUGCGCGCCUCCUCCUCGACGGUGAAGUUGCUGCCCAGGCUGUCGGUCGACCCGCGGCGAUCGGCCUCGCGGAAGGAGCUUUCGGUCCCCGGGCGGUCCGAGUGCAGGGAAAGCUCGCGCGUGAAGACGGACUUGACGGGGCUCUGGUAAGGCGCCAGCGGGCUCUGGUCGUGCAGGAACAGGUCCUGGGUAACGGGGCUCGGGGGGCUGCUUGGCGAGGCGGGGGGGCUGCGCUGCUGUCCGUUUGGUAUGACCAGCAUGGGCGGUGAGCGGGGAUUCUGCUGCGUCUGAGACCUGAAGUGAUUAUUUGAGGACGACGGGAACUGCAUGUUGUCGGGCAUGGGACCGAGGCACACUAUGUUCUCGGUGUCGAUCGGUGCCCUCUGGCUCUGGUGGUAUGUCGGGGUUGGCGGGGGCAAAGAACGAGACUCGAUCGGCUUGGCAGCCGAGUUGUUCCUGCUGAGUGACGACAGUGACGCCGGAGACCGCGAGGCUCGGCUCGACUGAACGGAUUCGGAUGAGGGUGAGGAUGGGGGCCCGUGCCUGGAAACCGGGCCCACGUCACCGGUCGGCAGGGGCGAGACGGUGUGAGGUGUGUGAUACUGAUAGGGCGAGUAGGAUAUGAAGGUUGAGUCGGGGUUGGAAGAGUUGUUCACAAGCGGCGCCGACGCCAGUUGUUGGGGUGCAAUUGUAAUGGGAGAGGGGACAUCGAAGCGGCGGUCGGGCCUGGUCGAAAGGCGAGUAGUUGCUGGUGAGGGCAUCGACGGCAGCGAGCUGUACUGGAGCUGGUUGUAGGGGGCAGAUGCGGGUGGUGACGGACCCUGUGGCGGGUGGCCACUGUCCUCGGGGGUGAUGCCAUGCAACGAGUUCCUUGCUGGCGGUGCAUGAGGUGGCGCCGGUCCCAUGGCCUCCCUGUCCAACUUCUGGAUGGCUCUCUGGUAGGCGGUCAACCCGUCGGUGCUCUGGUUGCGCCAAUUCCUCGCGCCCCCGGCCGAGGUGAGCCCGUUACGGUCCAAUUCGGCGUGCGACGCGUGGGAGGCAUACUGCUGACUGACGGAGCCCGUCCCCGGGUGGGAGCUGUCCCUGGAGAGCUCGUAGAAAUCCUGGCCUCGAGGUUUCCGGCGCCUGGAGAUGAUCCUGGAGAAGACGCGCCCGAUCCGAGUCCUGGGAACCUCCUCCCUCAUCUCAAAGGCGUCGUCCUUCAGGUCCUCAGAGGUUGCUGUGCGCGGCAUCUGUGUCGAGUUUGGUCGUGUGCUGCAGCAGCAAGCCCGCAGGACGACGGCGGCGACGCAGAGGACUCCAAGGGCACCGAUGCAAAUGCCAACGAUGACCCCGACUCGCAAUGUCUGGCGUGCAAUCAUUUCUCUUCUGGUUUCCAGGACCGGGCGGCCGAAGUUCCAGGUUGGUCGGGCUGUGGGUCAGGAAAACGGGGUCAUGCCAAGGGUAUCAUGACGGUACUCUGGGGGACGACUGGCUGCGAGUUGCUCGAACAACGCAACAAAUCGACGGACAUGCAGCAGCAGCCGUGGGGUGCUCGUGCUGGUGUGGGGCCCGGGCGGGUAGGUCGUCGUGCGCCAGCCGUUGCUCUUGUCAGUAUGAUGGUGUCGUUGUCGUCGUCGUUGUCGUCGUCGUCGUCGUCGUCGUCGUCGUCGUCGUUGUUGUGGUGGUUGUGGUGGUGGUUGGUUGCUGGGCCCCGUCUUGGUUGUCCACCGGCAGCACGGACAGGCAGGCAGGCAGAGACGUCCUCGGCGAGGGCGGGGAGUGUCAAGGACAGAGGGAGGCGCUGGUCGGUGGACGCAGCACGGUACAAAUGUCGCGAAGUGGGAGGGCGGAAAAGCAAAUGGGCCAUGGGGGAGGGAUGCUGGUCCCACAGAGCGGACCGCGGGCUGGACCUGGGCUCAACCGGCCGGGUGUCUGGUGGGCAGGUGGGCAGGGGAUCCCUGGCGGGGCCUCGCUACCAAGAUGCGCGCGCAGGGCCCUGGUGUGCGCCGAGCUUAGAGUUUGUCUCAGCGGGGCGACGGGUAGUGUGGUGGCAGUGGUGUCGUGUAAAUUAGGGUGGUCGAUAGUGUGGUGCAGGAGUUGCAGGAGGGCACGAGGGAGGCAGACGUGUCAGCGGGAGAAAUUGGCGAUUCGAAGCAGAGAUUGCAGCAGUGGCCAAGUGACCGACGCUGCAACUCGAGCAUGCCCUUUGCCGUCAGCAGCCAUGUG